AGGAACAGAAAUAGGCAGUAAGAAGAGCACAACUGAUCACAGAGCACAGGAUGGGUAUCUAUUUUCUUCUGCUGGCUGUGGGGUUUUGCUGGGCACAGUACAACCCGAAUACUCUCCCUGGGAGGACGUCUAUCGUGCAUCUCUUUGAAUGGCGCUGGGCAGAUAUUGCUCUUGAGUGUGAACACUAUUUAGCUGCUAAUGGAUUUGGAGGAGUUCAGAUUUCACCUCCAAAUGAAAAUGUUAUCGUUACUGACCCCCGGCAACCAUGGUGGGAAAGAUACCAGCCAGUCAGCUACAAGCUCUGCACACGAUCUGGAAAUGAAACUGAAUUUAGAGACAUGGUGACCAGGUGCAACAAUGUUGGAGUACAUAUUUAUGUGGAUGCAGUAAUCAACCAUAUGUGCGGAGCUAAUGCUGGUGCCGGCAACCAUGCUACUUGUGGAAGCUAUUUCAAUGCAAAGACUAAAGACUUUCCAGCUGUCCCGUAUUCUGGCUGGGACUUUAAUGAUGGUAAAUGUAAAUCUAGAAGUGGAGACAUUGAGAAUUAUCAUGACAUAUUUCAGGUCCGAAACUGCCGCCUGGUUAGCCUUCUUGACCUGGCCCUGGAGAAGGACUAUGUACGCUCGAAAGUUGCUGAGUACAUGAACAACCUCAUUGAUAUUGGUGUAGCAGGUUUUCGAAUUGAUGCUGCCAAGCAUAUGUGGCCUGUGGAUGUGAAGGUGAUUUUAGACAAGCUGAAAGAUCUAAAUACCAAAUGGUUUCCUGCAGGAACAAAACCUUUCAUUUACCAGGAGGUAAUUGACUUGGGUGGAGAGCCA